AUGGACGGCCUGAUUCCCUGGCAGUUGUUGGAGGACCGCAUCCGUCCCUUCUACCCAAAGGCCUGGGCGGGGACGCCACCCCUACCCGCUGUCGUCAUGCUGAGAACUCACUGUGUCCAGCUUUUCUACAAUUUGAGCGACCCGGGCAUGGAGGACCUGCUCUACGAGUCCGACCCGGUGCGGCGGUUCGUGGGGCUGAAGCUCUCGGGCCCCCUGCCCGACGAGACCACCAUCCUCAACUUCCGCCACCUCCUGGAGAAACACAAGCUGGGGCAGGGUCUUUUGGAUGAGAUCAACGCCCACCUGGAGUCCCAGGGACUGAAGCUGCGGGAGGGAACCAUCGUGGACGCCACCAUCAUCGAGGCGCCGUCCUCCACCAAGAACCGGGCUGGGGAGCGGGACCCGGAGAUGCACCAGGCCAAGAAGGGGCAACCAGUGGCACUUCGGGAUGAAGGCGCACAUCGGGGUAGACGCCGAUACGGGCAUAGUCCACAGCAUGAGCGCGACGGCGGCUAA